AUCGCAUUAUUCUUGAAUCUUGAACCUUUUCCUUAAAAAAUGAUCGAAAUUGCCACGACUCUUGACCUUUUAUCAUUGAUGAAAGAUUUUGAGAAGACGACACAUAGAGGGAAGCAAAGUAAAAGGAGAGUUCCCGCCUUGUAGGAAGUCCCGUAGCUCAUGAUUCUUUACCUUUCUUCUCCUUCAAGCUCGUGCAUGACUUAAAUGAUAUAAAGAAUUACAGAAAAAGUUGCAGAAAUUGAGGUAGUUAUCCCUGAUCACGCUCACAAUGAAGAUCAAAGGAAAUAAAAUUGGGGGAGGAAGUUGGACCAGCCUUAGGUUGCCGUCGAUUUUCCUCCUGUGCCUCUUCUUCUUUCUCGCCGGUUUUUUCGGUUCAUCACUUUUCUCGCAGGAUCAGGACGUGACCGGUAAUUUGAAGCCCCGGAAGCUGGGAUCGGAGGAAGAAAAGAGGGUGGAGUUCGAGACGCUGCCACGUGGGGAUUCUGGCGGAGAUUCUGUGGAGAGGAUUCCCUUUCAGAAAGUUAAGGAAUGUAGCUGUAUAGUUGAUGAAGCAUCAUCACAUUUAUUGGAAACUGAUUUAUCAGAUGGAUAUUUCAUUGUGGCUGUUCUAUAUGGCAAUGGCAUCCUGCUAGUGGUGCAAAUCCUGAGCUGGAAUCCUCGAGCAUUAUAUUUUCCAAAUUUUGCUACUGCAGAACAAUGCCAAAACAUUAUUAAGAUAGCAAAAGUCCAGCUCAAACCAUCAUCCUUAGCUCUUCGUCCUGGAGAAACAGCAGAAGCUACUAAAGGAAUUAGGACAAGUUCUGGGAUGUUUGUUGGCGCCUCUGAAGACAAAACUGGGCUGUUGGAUCAAAUUGAUGCGAAAAUUGCUAAAGCAACAAUGAUACCGAGGUCUCAUGGAGAGCCCUACAAUAUCCUGCGUUAUGAGAUUGGCCAGAGAUAUCAAUCACAUUAUGAUGCGUUCAAUCCUGCUGAAUACGGCCCACAGAAGAGCCAAAGGGUUGCUUCUUUCCUGCUCUAUUUAUCUGAUGUUGAAGAAGGGGGUGAAACCAUGUUCCCUUUUGAGAAUUGGCAAAACAUGGACGGGAAUUAUGAUUUUACCCAAUGUAUUGGCUUAAAAGUAAAACCUCGCACGGGAGAUGGACUUCUGUUUUACUCUUUGUUCCCAAAUGGUACAAUUGAUCCUACAUCUCUUCAUGGGAGCUGUCCGGUUAUCAAAGGUGAAAAAUGGGUGGCCACGAAAUGGAUCAGGGAUCAAGAACAGGAUGAAGAAUAGACUAGUUAUGAUUUAUUUUUAUUUGUAAAUGAAUCUUGAUAAGGCAUUCUUCUAGUGAAAGUAGUAUUACUUGCAGUACCAACAAAUCUUAACGUAUUCCUGUAUUUGAGAAAAUUAAGUUGAUGCAAAGUUAGAUGGCAAGUCUCGAAUUAGGUGUUUCUAAUGUUUUGACGUAUUUCUGUAACUUCAAUGGUGGAGCCAAUGAGGAGAAGAAUGAACUGUUCAUUUUAUAUUAGGUCAUUUACCCAGUGGUAUUUCACAAUAGAUAUUCAUUUUCUGUUUCUGUAAUUUCUUGGAAAGAUGUCUUGUUAUUAAAGCUCCUGAAG